GUAAUGUACGCCAUGGUUUAGCUCUUCUCUACGGUAAUGUCUACGCUCAUUUUAAGACAUAACUAAAUGUCAAGGAAUUCGUAUUGCUCCAAAGAUGACAAUAAUGUACAUUUACUUCUGAUGCCCCCUGAAGGUUGUGUGCAGACACAUAUAAAAGGCCUAAUUCAGACAUCAUGAUGUGAGGAACUGAUUUGAGAUCAUUCCUGGUUUUCUAGAGUGGAAGGAGGGACAUUUGCGGGCUUUCUUACAUUUUUUGUUGUUAACAACACCGUGACUGUCAGUUUUUAUGUUGUUGCUCUGAUGGUCCUCCUCUUAAGUUGGAGUCAGAGCACUGAAGAGCUGAUACCAUCCGACCACAAGGAGAUAUUUCCAGCCAUGUCAUCGCCGUUAUGCAUUCUGUCUAAAAAUGAGAACCUCUCCGUGUCUUUCUGUGGUUCUGGCUUUCUAGCAACUUACCAACUCGGUGCUGCCCAGAGUCUUUUGGAUAACGCGGCCUGGAUCCUGCAAGGAGCACCAAGAGUCUAUGGCGCGUCUGCUGGCUCUCUCGUGGCUGCAGCGGUCGUCUGUGGGUCCAAUCUAGGACGUGUGCGAGACCAGCUUUUGGAAUUUGCGAGAUUUACCAAACAACAGCCGCUCGGGGUUCUCAGUCCCACGGUGGAUAUUUUCAGGUGGCUGGAGGUCACACUGCAUCGCUGUCUGCCUGAUAAUGCCCACACUCUGGCCACGGGACGUCUGCACGUUUCCAUGACUCGCAUGUCUGAUGGGAAAAAUGUUUUAGUGACGGAAUUUCAUUCCAAGGAUGAGCUUGUAAAAGCUCUUUUGUGCAGUUGUUUUGUCCCUGUGUACUCUGGCGUGAUCCCACCACAGUAUAAAGGCGAGCACUAUAUGGAUGGAGGUUUCACAAACAUCCAGCCCUUCGAGGAUUCCUCUCCCACCCUCACCAUCUCCUCGUUUGCUGGAAACAUGGACAUCUGUCCCUCUGAUACCUCCACCAUCCUCUGUGACGCCAUCAUCCAGAAGCUCUACUUCCAGUGCUCCAUUACCAACAUCAUCAGACUGGUAGAUGCCAUGUUCCCUCGGGACUGGAGGAUUUUGAAGAAGGCUUUCUACAGUGGAUACCAAGAUACCGUGUACUUUCUGCAGCAGAGCAACGCUUUGCCGUUAUACCCUGAACGGAGAAAGGAGUCAGAUGCAUCUGAUGAUUCCCUGAGCUCAGAUCACUGGAUGCUAACACAGACUGAUGGUGUUGAGGAAGAGGAAUCUCAGCAGAACUCCCUGGAACAACCUGAAGAGAAGAUCAUCAAUGGGGUUUGUUCAUCCGUCAGUCCAUCCCGUCUAGAGCGGACAGAACAGAAGAACUCGCCAGUGAAGGUUCAGGAAGUGCUGCUGUGUAAUAUUGAGGGACAGCUGGAGAUUCUGAGUAAUCCGGAUGUCUCUUUAUCUCAACGGACGCUCUCAUUCCUGCUCUUGCUGUUUACACUGCCAAUCUGGAGUGCCACAACCUUAUGGGAAAGGUCUCAGAAAUGGACCACUAAAGCUACGACUGUGGCAUACUGGCUCUGGCAUGGCGUCAAGCUAUUUAUGACCUUUGUACUCAAAAUUGUGUUGUCCACUUCGUGGAAAGUCCUUGGAGACAUGAUGCUGAGUCUGAUGAGUUUCAUGCCUGCACAAGUUCACGAUGACCACCGCAGGCCCAGAGAGUUUGCUGAGAGACACAUGGCCUCCUCUAACCUGAAUGGCCAUGUCUCAUCUCUUUUCCCAGCGAGUCCCUCUGUGGCACAGACCCUGCCAAACAUCUACACGCUCCUGUUUUCACUAGAAACAGAGAGCAAGUGGAGAAGACGCAAGAUAGAGGUGCAACACACGUUACAAAAACAUGUGGCUGAUGUGAAAAGAAAUGAAAAUAAUGCUAGCAAUGCAGGAUGGUUAACGUUACUUCACACAGAGUGAAGUGGAUAUAUCGUUCUGUGCGGUUUCUUUUUUUUUCCAGCUAAAUACUGAA